AUGACAAGCUUCUUCUUAACUCAGGUCCUGGAGAAGAUGGGCUCUGGCGAUAAGGAUAUUCGUUUCAUGGCCACACAUGACCUUGCUAAUGAGAUGGAGAAGGACACCUUCAAGAUGGACCCACUCAUGGAGCCAAAGAUCGUUCAGAAGUUGCUUGACCUUACUGAUGACAAGGCAAACAAUGUACAAGAGAAUGUUGUCAAGUGUUUGGGAUUGCUGGUCAAGUUUGUUCGUGAUACAGUUGCCUCAGAUAUGGCUGACCAUUUGACCAAGAACCUAUUGGAGACCACAAAGGAGGAGCUUCAGGAGAUCAGCUCAAUUGGUCUAAAGACCAUUGUUGCCAACAUGCCACCAAACUCUACCUCACCUGCUAUGGUCACCAAGAGAAUCGUUCCAAAGCUCUUGGAGGGUAUUCAGAAUAGCAAAGCAGGUGACAAGACAGAGACAAAGAUGUACUGUUUGGAUAUUCUUAAUGACUUCCUUGCAAGAUAUGGUCCCUUGGUUCCACACUUGGACCAGGUCAGAGAUGCUGUCCUACCAAGUUUGAACGCAUCACGUCCGGCCAUUAGAAAGAGAGCCAUUAACUGUCUCUCUAGCUUUGCCAUCCCCGCCUCGGACGAUCUGUUCUACAACCUCGCCGAUAAUAUCAUCAAGCAGAUCGAGGAGGCCAAGAAGGCUGACCAUAUCUCCACACUCAUCCAACUGAUCGGUUCCAUUGGUCGCUGCUCUGGUUUCCGAUUGGGAAAGUACCUGCCAAAGAUCAUGCCCUACAUCAUCAAGUAUGCCGACAGCAACAAGUUUGAGAACAUGGACGAGCUCAAGGAGAACUGUUUGCUCUGUUUCGAAUCAAUCAUUGAGAGGUGCCAAAAGGACGUCACGCCCUUCCUCAACGACAUCAUCACCCUCUCGCUCAAGUACAUCAAAUUCGAUCCAAACUACUCGGACGAUGGAGAUGACGAAGAGGAUGAAUCAGAGGAGAUGGAGACCGACGAUCAAGAGGAGGAGGAAGAAGAGGAUGAGGACGCUGACAUCAGUGACGACGAUGACAUUAGCUGGAAGAUUCGUAGAUCAGCCUCAAAGGUAUUGUGUGCAAUCAUUACCUAUCGCCCAGAGCUCCUUCUUCAAAUGUACGAGCAAGUGGCACCAGUCCUCUACAGCAGAUUCAAUGAGAGAGAGGAGAAUGUUAGAUUGGAUAUCUUCAAUACUUUUGUGUUGUUGUUGAAGCAAACUCAAAAGAGAUCCACUGAUGCCAACAAGUAUGCCCAGGUGUUGAAGUCACAAACACCAAAGAUUGUAUCCUCCUUGAAGAAGUCUUUGGUGGACAAGUCCAUCAGAAUCCGUGUUGGCGCUUUCUGUCUCUUGAAGGAGCUGAUCAUCAUCGUUCCAGGCUGUCUGGCUCAACAUGUUCAGGCACUCGUUCCAGGAAUCACCAACAGCCUCAACGACAAGAACACAAACUCCAAUCUCAAGAUCGAGGCCCUGUCCUUCCUGCGAGUCCUUCUCAACAACCACCCACACGAGGCCUUCCAUCCACACGCCAAGGUGUUGAGCACUCUUAUCAACCAGUGCAUCAAGGAGUCCUAUUACAGAAUCACAUCCGAGUCGCUCAAGGUCUGUCAAGAGUUUGUCGUUACACUCCGUACUCCCGGUGCCGCACCAACUCCAGACACACAGCAAUAUGCUCUCUCAUUGUAUGAGGCCACCCUCGUUCAGUUGAAGGCACAGGAUGUCGACCAGGAGGUCAAGGAGAACGCAAUCUCCUGUAUGGGAUCGAUCAUUGCCACAUUUGGUGAUGUCCUCCAGGCACAGCUCCAGCCAUGCUACGCCAUCCUUCUGGAUCGUUUGGAUAACGAGAUCACUCGAGUGAUCACUUUGAGGACUUUGUCAAAGAUUACCACAUCACCAUACAAGGUUGACGUCACUCCUCUUACCAGCAAGGCCAUCGACCUAUUGUCAUCAUUCCUGAGAAAGAACAACCGUCAAUUGAAACAAACUACCAUUACAGUGCUCAACGACACUGUUCUCCAUAUCCCUCAGGUUAUCAAGGAUGCCCAAGUGCCAACAAUCCUUACAGAGUUGGCAAGCAACAUUAAUGAGGCAGACUUGCAGCUUACACACCUGUCCUUUGUACUCUACCAAAACCUUCUCAAGUCGCACCCAACCUCUGUGACCUACCUUCGUCAGAAGAUACUCCCACCAACCUUGACUCUGUUGAAGAGCUCUGUUCUCCAAGGUGUAGCGUUGGAGUCUCUGUUGUCCUUGUUUGCCAGUGUGGUCAAGUUGAACGAGCCACAAGUCACCUACAAGGACCUCCUCAACCUGCUCUUUGACACUGCCGGACAGAUCAAGCAGCCAGUGACCAGACAGUCGUUUGCACCAGUCUCUCAGUGCAUUGCCAUCAUUACCAUCUCCACUGAUGCCACCAGCAGAAACGCAACAAUUGAGGGAUUGAUUAAGAACCUCUCCUCCACUGAAGAGCCUCUUGUUCUGCUUUCCCUUACUUGUAUCGGUGAGAUUGGUAGACGUAUCGAUGUCUCCUCGUUCAAGAAUAUCCAGAACACAAUCCUCCACACGUUUGAUGCCACAAACGAGGAGGUUAAGCAGGUGGCCGCUCUUUGCCUCGGAAACAUUGCAGUGUCAUCACUGGCCACUUUCCUGCCAUUCAUUUUGAGCAGCAUCGAGAGCAAUCCAAAGAAGCAAUACCUGCUCCUCCACUCACUCCGCGAGUGCAUCGCCAGGCUGCCACAGUCUGCCAACGGCAUUGAGAGCAUCCGUCCAUACCUACCAGCUGUGCUUAAGAUUCUAUUCGACUACUCCUCUCCAAACCAACCAUCGCUUCUCGAUGAGGAGGGAACUCGUAACAUUGUGGCCGAGUGUCUCGGAAAGCUUUCCAUUGUGUCGCCAACCGAAAUCAUCCCAAGACUCGAGAAACUUAUCACAUCUGCUUCUUUGUUGGAGAGAUCAACAGCUGUCACCUCUAUCAAGUUUGCCAUUUUGGAGAACAAGGAGGUCGUAGACACUCACCUCUCACCUUCCAUUGGAAAGUUCUUGACCCUGUUGAGUGAUUCCGAUCUGGUUGUCAAACGUUCUGCUCUGUUGACACUGAACUACAUUGCUCACAACAGACCAAAUCUCAUCUUGGCAGACUUGCCCAAGUACCUGCCAAUACUGUACUCUGACUCCAAGCUCAAGCCAGAGCUGAUCCGUGAGGUCAACUUGGGUCCAUUCAAGCACAAGGUUGAUGACGGCAUUGAGAUCAGAAAGACUGCAUUCGAGUGCAUGUACACACUACUUGAGACCACUUCAUCAUUUGAAGUGUUGCCAUUUGUUGAGUCGCUGGCUGGUGGACUGAAGGACACCCAGCACGACAUCAAGUUGUUGUGCCACUUGCUGGUCAUCCGUUUGGCCGCAGUCAAUGGACAGGGUCUGCUCGAGGGCCUGAACCUCCUGAUCGAGCCACUGCGCGCCACCCUCCUGGCCAAGGUGACCGACGCAGCUGUCAAGCAGCUUGUGGAGCGCAAUGAAGAGUGCAUCCGUUCUGCUCUUCGUGUGAUUGCAGCCAUUCAUCGCAUUCCAUCGUCAGAGUCGAUCAUCAAGUUUGAGGACCUGAUCCGUUCCACCAUCCGUCCAAAUGCAGCGCUCAACACACAGUUCAACGCCAUCGUUGAGGAGGACACCACCAACCAAGAUGCCAUGGAUACAUCCAACUAA